UGUUAAGAAAAGAUUUGUAGAGGGGAAGAAAGGACAGGUACGGAGUAACCGCUCAGUCGUGAAUAUCAAAGAACAGAGGCGGCCAGUUCAGUUUUAAUCGAGCCAUUCGACCGAAAAGACGAUGCAUUCAAGCUUAAUUCUGCUGCUCGCGCAGUGUAUACACGGAAACUUUUUGUUGGUGAAGUCGACCCAAGACCAACUGCUGUAUACGCCCCAGGACUACCAGAACAUAAACGAACUUUUGCCUCAACGCCAAAAAAAUUCGUAUGCCUCGUACUAUUCGCCGGUGGCGAGUAAGAGGAAUGACUUCAUUGCCAAUGCCGAUGAGACAAUUGACAAGUUGCCCAUGGAAAGCAAAGUUUAUCCAAAAAGAGCCUUACUUAUACAACAAAUUCCGAAGAAAAAAAUAGGUGCCAGAUACCUGUCAAGGUAUUUGGAGCCUCCAUCGUCCGAAUCUGUCUCAAAUUAUGCGAAAUAUCAUGGUUAUUUAAUGAAUCUGGAAAACGAGGAGCGACUGAAUUAUUUCCCUCGAAACCAUCGACCCGAUAUUGCCAUCGAAGAUGAACAUAAAAAGAUAAUCCCGAAGCAAGGACCCUUUUAUAUAAGAGAUCAUGCCCCAUUACAGCAGGCCGAAUCAGAAUCUGAGCAAAUUUCUGAAAGUAAGCCUAUAGCAAAUAAAUCGUUAAAUAAAAAAUCAGCUGGAACGUUGGAAUUAUCAGCCGAUGGUGAUAGAAUAGAAUUUCAAAUUCAAGGACACGAGGGUCCAAAAACGUACAUAUUUGGCUUUGACACCGGCGAUGGAAAAAAUCGUCAAUUUAGAUUAGAAGAACGAUUAAAAGAUGGAACGGUUAAAGGACAUUAUGGAUAUUAUGAUGCUAGAGGGAAAUUAAGAGCAAUAAAAUAUUUAGCCCGUCCUUUCGAAGGAUAUGAAGAGAAACAUCAUGAACUAAGCGACAUUACAUAUAAAGACUUAAACAAUUUGUAAUACAUAAAAAUUAAAACAAUUGAAUUG